GGGAAAGCCCGAGCGGGCCGAGGGGAGGCGGCGAGAGCGCUCGGCGUCUCGCUGGAUGUGGGUCUCGCUGCGAGUCAGUAAUGGCCCUUUUUGUUUCGGUGUUGUAGGGCACGAUGGCAUCGGUUGAAAGGGAAACACUGUCCCAGGAGGAGCUCCGGAAAAGGCUGUAUCAGACCUUUAAGAGCCGAGGCGUGCUGGACACACUUAAGACACACCUCCGAAACCAGCUAAUCCAUGAACUAAUGCACCCAAUUCUGAGUGGAGAGCUUCAGCCACAGCUGGUUCCAAGUGAAGACAGUUCACUUUUGAUCACUGCUUCCAACAGUUUGGUGGCAGAUCAUCUAGAGAGAUGUGGCUACGAGUAUUCACUUUCUGUUUUCUUUCCAGAAAGUGGAUUAGAGAAGAGCAAGCUGUGGACUGUGCAAGAUCUUCUUCAAUUAAUGAGGAUCAAUCCAGAAUCCAGUCUUUACAAAUCACUGACCUCAGGAACUCGGAAGGAAAAUAAAGGUUUCCUUAUGCAGAUUUUAAUUGGACUUACUGAACAUCAUCUAAACAGGCAAACUCACAGCACAGAAACUCAGACCACCUCAGUGCCUCCUUACAGAGAGUCUCUUGCUGAGAAGCUUCAGCUGAUUGAUGAACAGUUUGCAGACUCCUAUCCUCAGCAUCAGAAAUAUGAAUCUUUAGAAGUAAAACUUAAUGAAUAUAGAAAAGAAAUAGAGAAGCAGCUUCAAGAAGAAAUGCAUCAAAAGCUUCAACAUUUUAAAGAAGUUGAAAUAGCAAAGAUUAAAAUGGAGGAGAAAGUGCAGACCCAGAAAGAAAUCUCUGAGCUGCGCCACGAGUUAGAGAGGACACAUCAAGCAAAGUCUGAAGCCUUGAUUUCUCGUGAAAAGAAUGCUAUUGAGAGGCUUCAAAAGCAACAAGAGAUAGAAGCAAAGGAAGUGUACGCUCAGAGACAAAGUCUAUUGAAAGAUAUUGAAGCCAUAAGGACCAGGGAGGCAGAACUGAAGCAAAGGAUGGAGGCAUUUGAAAUCACCCAGAAAGUUCAGGAGGAGAAAAAUAAAGCUAUAGAAGAUGCACUUCGGCGUCGUGAGGUUGCUGUGAAGAACAUAGAGGAGACAUACGACCAAAAGCUGAAGACAGAGCUCUUAAAAUACCAGCUUGAAUUAAAAGAAGAACACAUAGCCAGAACCAAUAAAGUUACUGAAGAUGAGAAAAGAAAUAAAGAGAAAGCUAUGCUUUUGCAAGAAGAAGCCAUUGCUGUUAAUUCAAAAAAGGAGGAACUCAAGCAAGCUGUAUCACGUGCCAAAGAGCUUGAGCUGGACUUGGAGUCAGUGAAGGCCCAGGUUCUGUUGGUAAAUAAACAGAAUAAUUUGUUGACAGAAAAGCUGAAAGAGGUAUCAGACUAUCCUUUGCUAAAGGAGGAAAAAGUGGAGCUCCAAGUGCAGAAUAAACUACUUAGGCAACAGUUGGAUGAGACUCGGAGUGAGAACCAGCAUCUUCGAGACAAGCUGUCCCAGCCCUCAGCAGAGUACUUGGCCUGCCAAGUGGAGCUGAGGAGAGUUGAGCAUUCUACAAAAUUGAUGCUGGAUGAAUAUGAAAGUCAUAAGCAUAUGUUGGAAAAACAGCUACAAAGUGAGAUUGAGCGUUGUGCCCAGUUAAAGGCCCAACUGUUAGACUCUGAAGCUACUGUCAGGAAGUUAAAUAUGCAGGUUGAAGAGCUGAAACUGCAAGUGAAGCAAACACAGGCAGCUCUGGAGAAUGAGGUGUAUCGGAACCCAAAGCCGUCGCUUGUCGACCGCUCCGUCCUCGACUUCCUGGGAGACAGGGCGGGGGACAGGCUGGUGCCCCACGACAUUUACGUGGAUGGUGCAUUCCCGAGGAAGCCACUCCUGCCCAAUGUGGGGAUGGCCAGCACCGUGCCAGGGCCUGGCUGUCACCUGCAGCUGCCCCUGUCUGAUGUGGGGACAGCCAGCGCCGUGCCAGGGCCGCGCGGCGCCUCCCCGGACUCUGACCUGGAGUGCAUCGCGCAGGCCCGCGCCAGGGUGAAGGAGCUGGAGAAGGAGGCCGAGUUCUUGGAGGAAGCCUACAGGAGUUACCAGCACAGAGUCAUGCUGAGUGCAGCUGCCAGCAGAACACCAAGCAAGAUGCAGCCUCCUUUAAUUCUGCAGUGUCCUCUUGGUAGCAACCCUUUGAGUGCCCAGCAGGAACUGCUAGAGCAUAAUCCCAGCUGCCCACAUUCCCCUCUGGGCAGUCCCAGAGGUGAGGACAACAUCAAAAGAACUGGGCAGGUCGAUAUCUAUGAAACUUCCUUCACGCCACCACGCAGAGGAGCAUCUUCCAGGCGCCUUUCUUCCACUCCCAUUUCCAAACCAAAGAAAGACCUCAGUAACAAGAAAAUUCCAGAUGAGAGCAUCAAGAGCUCAUCCUUUACCUCUUCACAGCAGAGUGUUGACCAGGUUCUUUCUCCUAUUUCAAAGCGAUGUUUGCUUUCAUCUUCUGAGUCUGUUCCUUCCUCGCCAUCCAGUCAUGGCCAGAAAAUCAGGCUUCAGAGUCAACAGACCGAUAAACAAGAUCUCAGUGAUAUUCACAAACCAGAGAAACUAAGGUAUGAGGAUCUUGAAGAACACAUUUCCACUCUUGAAGAUCAGGGGGACAUACCAGAGGAGUGUGAAAGUGAUGUCUUGCAUCCAUCUGGGGACAUUGUGGAUGGAAACUGUGUCACAGCCCCUGUGCCAGCAGCAGCCACUUCACUGCAGGACUUGACAGUGCUGGAUCAAAGGCAGAUUGAAGAACAGAACAGAGAAGUUGAGCAAAACUUAGAAGAAGAAAGGAAAGCAGGAGAAGAAAGGAAAGAGAAAGAACAACAGGAAACUUUGGAAAACGAGCAAAAAGAAGUGGAGAAGCUUAAUGAAGAGCAUAUCCAAGACUCAAUGAAAACAGAUGAAGAAAUAGAAGACAAAGAGGGAGUAAAAUCUGACCAUGGUAGCACUGCUGCUGAAAAUAAUGUAAAGGAUCCUCCUUCCAAUCCAUUAGAAAAAUACAUGAGAAUAAUUCAGCAGAGCAGAGAGCAGGAACUGGCAAACAAGGAUUCAAAAAAAGAAGAAAUAAGAGAAGGGUCACCCUCAGAAGGACUUCUAUCUACUGAAAAUGAUGACAGUCUUGCAGACAUUUCUCAUGGAGACGUGGAUGAAAGCUUCUGGUGAACAAUAACUACUGAUUUUUUAAUUUUUAUUAUUAUUGUUAAGAGAAAGAUAUUUUUUAAGUUGUUUUGUGCCUUUAAUAAAUGUUAGGGCACCAACACUGCAGGCUGUGUAAUUAUAAAUUAAUAAAGCUGAUUUUGAUCUGUUUCGUCACUUCAGUCAUUCAUUUCAAACAGGGAGUCCUGGUGUGUUACUAAUCCAGGAGGAAGCCCUUGGGUGGGGUGAGAGAAAGAACAAAGCAGGGAACAGAAACUGAUCGGUAUGUUUGGGUAGAUUUGUGUUGGCACUGAAUUCCUCUAAACUUUGUCAAUUUGGCCAACCCCCGCCCCCCAAUCCCUUCUGCAAAUGGUUCAAAGUGUGGAUGAAAGGAAGAAAAAAUUCCCUCAUCAUCACCUGAUUUAAAGGUGUCCCGUGGAGGCACUUGGCUCACACAGCUUUGGAGCACUGAGUGUGACAGACCCAAAAUAAGGUGUCCCUUCUGCUGCACAGCAGGGGCAGGAGCCACUUUCAAAAGCAGCCCCUCUCAUGUAUCACCUCGUUGGUAUUAACCAGCCCAGAAUGGAGAGAUUAAAAUAAAAAUGCUAUUUAACUCAUCUUUAUUUAAGCUUUGUAUUUUGUAGGUAGAUUAUAGGCAAGAUCAUUAAACUUUAUUUACAGUAUAAAAUACAGUAGUUUUUAUCAAUGAAGUAAGUUUGGGUGGCAGCAUAUAUUACAACUUGCACUGCAUUUGAGGCUGCUCAUCUUGACCUAACUACGAGAACAUGAAGCCAAGUUUGACAGAAUUUAGGGGCAAAAAAACCAAAGUUCUGUCUUAAAUUUGCUGGAUGUUUAAACACAAUGUACCAAAACUGUGACAGAUACAAGCUUUGCUUUUUGAAAUGAAGCUAAAAUGUGCUGUGGUGGUUACUCUGAUUUUGCAUACUGCUUAAUUUGCUGUUGCAGCCACUCUGGCCUUUACAGAAUUUCUGAAUGACUGA